CCUUGCCUGUCGCGCAAAACGAGCUCGUUCUCCUCUGCUUCCUUACGGCGUGUCAUCCUGUAAGAUCGAAGGGCGGUAGAGGUUCAGCCCAUCAAUCGCCAGACGGCAGUGUUCGCAGCCCCCAAUUCGUUUCCCCGACCAUCAUCAACCCCUGGUCCCCUGCCAGAGUCCAGUAAUUUCCAAAGAAUGGAGCAGGAGGUAGAGGGAAUCGCAAAAUCACAUGGACCCUUUCGCCUCCAUCGGUGACGAGGUUGGUCAGCCCUCCGACUCCCAGGAGGAUCGCCUCCUCCACUCCAAUCUCAUCAACGUCUCCCCCGUCCCCUACUCCCUCCCCCCCGCCGACGCCUCCUCCGGCGCUGCCGGCUGCGCUGGUGGGUUGGACCUCCCCAAGGUGGACGACAAAGGGAAAUCUCCGGCCGUCGCUGGAGAAGCCCCCAACGGCGGGCACGAGAUCCCAGGUCCGUCCAAACGCUGCAAGAUGAAAUCUUGUGCUUCUAGGCGGAGACGAGGGGGCAUCCAGAUUAGGUCCUCCACCUCGCCUGGCGGAACGCCUCCCGACGGUGAUGGGGAGUUUGGAUUUGGGGAACCAUCAUCGAGGCCAGAUCAAGAAGACGGCAUGCGAUUGGAGAAUCCCCAAUCCGAUCCGAAUGCCCAGGCGAGCACCAGUAUGAACCCAGAUUUUGCUGCUGAGGUUGUUCCAGGGUCGAGAAAGCUGCCGGCUUCGAUCCGAAAUCCACCACCGGCGGAAGGGAAUGAGGGCUCUUCUAGUUCUGCUGCCGGUGGUCGGAAUUCACCACCUUCGAUCCCGAGGGCUGUUGUUUCUGUUGCCGAGGGCAGUCUUCUGGAUGUCAUUAAGAUGUUCUCUGAAACGCCUAGCAGGAGAUUUGCUGAUGUUGAUUUACUAGAAAUUCUUGACAUGAAAGGCGCAGCGUUCCGUCCGCCCCAGUGGUGGCGUCCGGAGGGCUACGGCGAUUAGGUAAAGAUUGCUGAUAAAAAAAAAAAUGAACUUUAGGUCGAACGACCACUAUGUGUCUAUUCUAGUGUAUUCGAUGGAAUAAAUUGAUUACAGUAUUCUUUUCUUCCGUAAAAGUAUAAGGAAUUUUGUAUCAUGAUGCAUUUUGUCGUCACCUGAAGUUGGGUUUUCGGGAAAAGCUUUCCUUUCUUGAUUCGGAAGGUUAGCUGUAGGUUCUUUCUUCUUGUGGCCCUGGGUGGAAACAAAUGCUUGGAAUGGUGCUGUUUUGAAUGGUUUGGUAUGCUCAAAUAUGAUGUAUGGGUUACAAACAGCAUGUGCUUACUCGCCAAAUAAAAAAAAAAACAAUUUUUUAAGCACCUUUUUAAGUAGUACUAUCAACUUU